AUGGGUGCAUUCUCUAGUGGUUUUGCUGCUAAAGCAUUUGCUCAAGCUCCUGCACCUAAUGAAUUUGGCCAGCCUGCGCAGAUGGGAGCAGGACAGCAAGCACUAGGAUCAGUCCUUCGUUCUUCUGGGCGGUCAAGACAGUUUGGCGCUGGUUUAAUUGGUGGCUUUGCUAGUGCUAGUUCGAUGGAUGGCUUUUCAAGAGCCACCACUGGUGGCGGGUUUGCUGUUGUCGCGAGUGGCGGUGGCUUCCCUAGUUUGGCCUCAAGUAGUGAUGGACUUGGUAGAUUUUUAAUGUGGCUUCAGGUGGCGGGGGAUUUGGUGGCGUGGCUUCAGGUGGCGGAGGUUUACAGGAGCUGGUGGUGUUGGAUUUGUUAUUAUUUUUUUGGGCAAAAAUGGUGGUGGAUUUGUUGCGGCAGACGAAAUGUUAGUAUUGGGAGAAGCUAGUCCAAUGAAGGCUAAGAGAAUUAUGAUCUUGCAGGCUUAUCAUAAAGUCUUUGGUUAGGCUAUCAACAGCAAAAUAUGUUGUUUUCUUUAGUAAGAGCAUAGAUAUUGGUGUUAGACAUGUAAUUUUGUCCAUAUAUAUAUAAAUGGAAAAUAAGAUAAUAAAAUAAC